UCACAAUUCUUUCCCUUAGUUCAGUUGCUCUUUGUUGCCGGUUCCGUUUUUGCAUCCUUGUUAUCAUUGCAUCGAUUGCCUUUCUUCCGUAUCCCUGUUGAUCAGCUAUGCUCCGUAUAUACUCCAAUUCUUUAUAAGUGUCAUAUAUGCUGGUACAAUGUGUGUAAGCCUUUUUUAUUUGCUAGCAUCAAAAAUGCUAUUAAAUACCAUAAGCACGUUUUGGAAUUAACUGAUUUGAUUUGCCAUACAUCAUUCUUCGAAUUUGAAGGAAAAACAUAUCUGCAAGGAUGGGGCGUACCAAUGGGUAGCCCAAUGUCAGCUGUUCUUUGUGAGUUGGUGCUAAGAAAGCUAGAAAGUAAUAUCUUACCCUCUUUCCAGAAUGAUAUAAUAGUAUAUGCAAGGUAUGUAGAUGAUAUCUUCGUUUUGAGGAAAAAUAAUAGAAAUACACACCGUUUUAUAAGCUUAAUCAACAAUAACCCUUAUGGUCUAACAAUAGAACUAGACCAGGAGAGUAAAAAUAGUGUUAAUUUCUUAGAUUUAACAAUUACAUGCAAAGAGGGUGAGAUCAAAACAAAUAUUUACCGUAAGCCAGUUUAUCAACCAAUCAUCAUACCUAAGAAUUCCUCAGAUCCAGAACAUAUCAAAUUGGCAGCAUUUCGUUCAUGGAUUACAAGGGCUUACACACAUUGUACCAGCAUAUAUGACACUCAUAAGGAAUUGGAGUAUAUACGGAGCAUAGCUGAGCAACAGGGA